AUGGCUCAGGCUAGUGCACAAAUUGGCGAUAUCCUGCAGAGUCUUAUCAAUGGCUUCAAGACACGGCUACUUGAAGUUGAACAGUCCAGGUCUACUUCAGACGCGAAGUUUUCUGAGUUCGAAGAGGCAAUGACUACCUUUCAUGCGAAAGUCGGCGAUCUCGCAAACUCAGAUGCGAAGCUCAGGGAUGUCCAGUCUUCUUUGCAGACUGCGCUCACUGUACAGCAGGCCGGCCACGCAUUGGUAUGCGAGGACAUCCGUGGUAUCCAGGAGUCGCAGCAACGCCUGAACAACAGACUGGAUGCCGUGACUUCCUGGCGUGAUACGAUGAAUACGAAGAUCGAGCGAGCUGAGGCUAAAGCCGUAGCUGCUGAUACAGCCACAAGCGCGGCAAACAAUGAGCUGGCCGAGAUAAAGCGUCAAGUCCAGGAUUUACAGGAUAUUGUGGCCAAACAGGAUCGUAAUCUGGAAAGUCGUCUACAGUCGUGCGAGACUGCUUUGGACAACUCCACACUGGUCCUCGUCCCCACGCCGACAGCCAACGGUCUGGUGCUGACGGUCCAGCGUCGUCAUGCUCCGAACGAAUUAGGUUCAUCUUCCAAGAGUCGUUCGUCUGUGCUUGAUGUCGGCAGUCAUGGUCAUGGCAUGGCUAUCCUCCCGCGCCCAGGAGACUCAAACGUAUCUGAGUUUAAUUGCCUCGUCAACACUACUGCCGUAGAUCAGUCUACAGUUGGCCCAGGAUGUGCGGACACUGCUCCAUACGACGAGGGAGCAGUAGGAGACCCAGGCAUGCUUCCGAUGCGUAGUCGGACAACACGCUACAGCUCCAUCGACUCUUCGGUCACCUUAUGCAAUGAUCGCAAUCCUCAGAGGAAGCUCGUUCCACAGUCAGGCGCUACGAAGCCGCAAGUGCCGGCGUUCCCAUCGCUGCGCGAGCAGAGUGAGUAUCGAGAUGAGUGCGCUUGUGAGGAUGUUCAUCAUUCCAUCGAAGCGACGAUUGAUGUACCCCUGCCACUCAUCGGCCACAGGGUAUCUGAUCACACCGUGAGAGCAAGCAAACGCCACCGCUCUGGCAGUCAUAGCUCGUCUGAGAACGACCAGUCAUCCAAAGCACCAAGCGCAUGCUACUUUGACACCAAUCAAGAUGGCGACGGUGACGAGAUCGUUGUCGCGUCAGGCAAUCAGCGAGCCAAGACGGCUGGUGCAAAGCAGACUCUCAAUGCGCUCGACUCGGCUGACGAGCUGCUACCGGUUGUCCACAAACCAUGGGGAAUCGGCGGUCGUGGCAAAGAGAAAGUACCUACUGAAGAAGACGACGUGAAUAUCGCUGAGAAGAUUUUAUACGAUGUAAUCCGCCGUUCAGGUCGCGGACUGAAGCCAAAGCGUCGAUAUGAUGACAAUGUUGGCGUGAAUGAUGAUCAAUCUAUGCAUGCUGAAGACAUCGCAACGGAGCCUAAGAAGAGUAGAAGAUCUGUGAAGUCGAGAAAGCCGAUGAUAUGA